CAGCCUUUGUAGCUUUCACUUCCACAUCUACCAAGUGGGCGGAGUGGCCUCCUGUGGACGAAUCAGAUUCCUCUCCAGCACCAGCUUUAAGAGGUGAGCCAGGGGUUCAGGGUCCCAGAUGCACAGGAGGAGCAGCAGGAGCUGUCGGGAAGAUCAGAAGCCAAUCAUGGAUGACCAGCGCGACCUUAUCUCCAACAAUGAGCAACUGCCCAUGCUGGGCCGGCGCCCUGGAGCCCCGGAGAGCAAGUGCAGCCGCGGAGCCCUGUACACAGGCUUUUCCAUCCUGGUGACUCUGCUCCUGGCUGGCCAGGCCACCACCGCCUACUUCCUGUACCAGCAGCAGGGCCGGCUGGACAAACUGACAGUCACCUCCCAGAACCUGCAGCUGGAGAACCUGCGCAUGAAGCUUCCCAAGCCUCCCAAGCCUGUGAGCAAGAUGCGCAUGGCCACCCCGCUGCUGAUGCAGGCGCUGCCCAUGGGAGCCCUGCCCCGGGGGCCCAUGCAGAAUGCCACCAAGUAUGGCAACAUGACAGAGGACCAUGUAAUGCACCUGCUCCAGAAUGCUGACCCCCUGAAAGUGUACCCGCCGCUGAAGGGGAGUUUCCCGGAGAACCUGAGACACCUUAAGAACACCAUGGAGACCAUAGACUGGAAGGUCUUUGAGAGCUGGAUGCACCAUUGGCUCCUGUUUGAAAUGAGCAGGCACUCCUUGGAGCAAAAGCCCACCGAGGCUCCACCGAAAGAGUCACUGGAACUGGAGGACCCGUCUUCUGGGCUGGGUGUGACCAAGCAGGAUCUGGGCCCAGGUAAGGGCCUUGCACAGGGGCAUCUGGUCACCAGCAGCUCAUCCCCAGCAGGGCCAGCUCCUUUGUGGGCAGGUGAAGGAGUGUGACGCUGGGCCACUCUCCAACAUUCCUGGGAUGUCCAUUUCACAGACGAAGGAACAGGGUUGGGGGGCUGUGGGGAGUUACACAAAUCCAUGAUGGUCAUUAUUGGACCUGAGCAGGGGGCAGGGGAGGGUGGACAGUCCUCAACUGCUCUGCAGGUCCAGGAUAUUAGAAAGGGGCAGGGACAACAAAUGGGUGACUCCAACCUCAACCUGCUGCUUCUCUCUCCAGUCCCCAUGUGAGAGCAGCAGAGGCGGUCUUCAACAUCCUGCUGGCCCCGCACAGCUACAGCUUUCUUGCUCCCUUCAGCCCCUAGCCCCUCCCCCAUCUCCCACCCUGUACCUCAUCCCAUGAGACCCUGGUGCCUGGCUCUUUCGUCACCCUUGGACAUGACAAACCAAGUCGGAACAGCAGAUAACAAUGCAGCAAGGCCCUGCUGCCCAAUCUCCCUCUGUCAACAGGGGCGUGAGGUCCCAGGAGGUGGCCAAAAGCUAGACGGAUCCCCGUUCCUGACAUCACAGCAGCCUCCAACAAGAGGCUCCGAGAUCUAGGCUCAUGGACGAGAUGGGAAGGCACAGGGAGAAGAGAUAACCCUACACCCAGACCCCAGGCUGGACAGGCUGACUGUCCUCUCCCCUCUGGCCUUUGGCCUUGGCUUUUCUAGCCUAUUUACCUGCAGGCUGAGCCACUCUCUUCCCUUUCCCCAGCAUCACUCCCCAAGGAAGAGCCAAGAUUUUCCACCCAUAAUCCUUUCUGCCGACCCCUAGUUCCCUCUGCUCAGCCAAGCUUGUUAUCAGCUCACAGGGCCAUGGUUCAUGUUAGAAUAAAAGGUAGUAAUUACAA